AUGGCGGCAGCUGUUGGAAGCUGUUUGCCGUUGAGUGCAGUGUUUUGCAUCGGGCUGGGUGCUUGGGUGGCCGUGAGCGGCAUCUUUGCUGAGCUGCCGCUGCUCGUGGACACGCAGCCCGAGGGCUGGGCCUUGGCUUCGCGAUUGACGCUGGCCGUGCAGGCCGGGAACUUGUUUGCCUUUUCCAUCGCCGGGGCUCUGCAUCUCGGGUGGCUACAAGAGUCUGCCCGCCAUCUCGGUGCCUGCAUUGGUUGCGCGCUGCUUGUGGCCGCGCUGGCUUGCACCGCCCUGAUAUGGUUUUAUGAUCACACGACUCGAGUCGGUGGCGAUGAACCUCAAAGUAUCACCUUGCUCGCCCUGACUUGCAUCGCUUCUAUCUGUGAUGGCUCAACAACCAUCACCUUUGCGCCGUAUCUCGCCCACCUCGCGUUGUUGCCGGUGGGCCGUCAGGCCGCAGAAGGUGAUGAGGCUGGUGCACUCAGCGUGCUGACUCAAACCGGUCAGCGAGUCACGCAGGCCCUCUACGUGGGAUCUGGCUUUAGUGGGCUGCUGCCCUCCAUGGUCUCUUGGAUCCAAAUGCCCCGCCAUGACCAGCGCAAUUUUGGACCACCUUACUUCUUCCUAAGCCUGGCGCUGCAAAUGGUGCUCUCCAUGCUGGGUCUUGGCUACGUGUCCUUUUUGCUCAAGGGGCGCCAACACCCACCAACCCCGCAAGCUAUCAACCAUCCUGAGGCCGCCAACGCUCGGCUCGUGCACGGAGACAGCGAGGCAGAUCUGAUGAUUGAGGAGCGCGAGCCUUUGUUGGAUGCCAAGACACCUGCGUUGCGCCCGGCUACUUUUAUGGCGCACUGGCCAGAGUGGUCCUUGUUUGUGGGCGCAAGCAUUCUUUUGAACGCAGCCUUGCCCGCGGUGCUUAGCUAUGCCGCUGGACGCUACGGCGGCAACAGCUAUCACACGGCACAGACACUGCUCCUAACAUUGAAUCCGGUCGCCAGCUUUGUGCCACGCCUGCAUGGCAUGGUGUCGCGUCGCUUCCACGGCCUAGCCUUGGCUGUCAGUGCUGCCCUGACUGCUUAUGUUGUGGCCAUUGCGGUGCCGACAGCCGCAGCGGGCCCAGAGGCUUUGUUGCAUGUGGCUGUGGCUGCCAGUUGCUUCCUGUCACAAUGGAUACAGACCAGCUUGCUGUCUGAGCUGUUGUGGUACCAACAAAUGUGCACACAAGCCUACCCACGCCUCUUGUUCUGGGCUGGCGUGAUGGUGCAGGCCGGUGCCGCCGUGGGGGCCCUCCUGUUCUAUGUGCUGGUCAAUCACACGUCCAUCUUUGCAUCAUAG